AUGGACAAAGCAUGGGUACAUCUAAGCAGAGUUGAUCCUGGUUAUGAGAGAGGGGUUGAUAUGAUUGUAUGUCCGUGCAUUGACUGCCGUAACAUUGAUCGUCACUCAGGCAGUGUGGUACUUGAUCAUCUUGUUACCAGGGGAAUGGAAGAGGGUUAUAAGAUGCGGUCAGAUUGGCAUCUACAUGGAGAGUUGAACUCAGAGGUUGAAGGUGAAAGCAGAGUAAGUGACUGGAAGGAUGAGAUCUUUGGGUUGUACAGAGCUGCUGAGCGUUUUGAUGAAGAGUUAGCUGAUACUGGGGAUAUAUCUGACACGGCAGAGGGAGACGACAAGAAGGAAGAUGAGUUCUUGGCAAAGCUAGCUGAUGCUAAAACACCAUUGUAUCCGAGUUGUGCAAGCCAUAGCAAGUUGUCUGCAAUUGUUUCAUUAUUUAGAUUGAAGACUCGGAAUGGGUGGUCUGACAAGAGCUUCAAUGAUCUGCUUGAGACAUUGCCGGAGAUGUUACCAGAAGAAAAUGUGCUUCACACAUCACUGUAUGAUGUGAAGAAGUUUUCGAAAACGUUUGACAUGGGCUAUGAGAAGAUUCAUGCAUGUGUCAAUGACUGCUGUUUAUUCAGAAAGAAGUUCAAGAAGCUUGAGAAGUGUCCAAAGUGCAAGGCUUCAAGGUGGAAGACUAAUAUGCACACUGGUCAGAAGAAGAAAGGCGUCUCACAGAAAGUUCUUCGUUACUUUCCUAUAAUACCAAGACUGAAGCGAAUGUUCCGGUCUGAAGAGAUGGCCAAGGAUUUAAGGUGGCACUUUGGCAACAAGAGCACCGAUGGGAACCUUCGUCAUCCUGUUGAUUCAGUGACAUGGGAUCAGAUGAAUGCUAAAUACCCUACAUUCGCAGCCGAAGAAAGGAACCUCAGGCUUGGACUUUUAACAGAUUGA